AUGUCGUCAGACGCCCACCGAUUCGAACUGUUCUGUCGACACCCUCCUUCUUUACGACUUGUCACCGGCGUGGCUGAGCGCAUCCUUGCAAGAAUCCUGCCCAUCAACAGCGACAUAUGGAGCUUCCCCUCAGACUUGGCCGUCUUCCUACGCCAUCUGCUGCUAUGGGCCGACAUUAGUGGAGCGGUCCUUUGUGGCGGUCUGAUUUACCUGGAGCAGGGUCUUCAGCGGCCACAACAUUCUCUAAUGACGGAGGCGGAUCGGCAUUUGCGCGUCUUGGCGGCGAUUAUUCUGGCUCGAAAAUACCUAGAAGAUGACACUUACAGAACGCCGUUCUGGACCGGCCUCACGGCUGAAGUAUGUUCAUUUUACUUCACAGACCAUGAUAUCAACAUCGCGGAGGGCAGACUAUUGGGAGAUGUGGCUUGGGACUUGAGCAUAGACGGACAGCAGAUGCACAGAAUGGUGAAGUUGGUCUGUGGUUCCAAGACCGUGCCGGCGCAUCUAGAUCACGGGCCUAUCUCUGCCCAAUCCUAG